CUUUCUUCCCAUUUAGACUUUGGGUUCAAACAUAAAUGUGUCAAAUUUUCUAAAAAAGGAAGCAGUCAACUAACUCCCCCAACUCUCCCCCACCUAGCUUUCCUAGUCUAUAAAGUUCUAUUUAAGCUUCCCCAUUUUCUUGAUCAAGUAGUUCAAUUUCUUGAUUUAAUUAUAUAAAGCCCUCUAAACAAAAUUCUCUUAAAAAUCAAUUUUUGGACCAUUGGGAACAUACCCAAAUCCUUGAAUUGGUGCCUAAGGGAAAUAUCCAAUACCCAAUCUUGAACUUUUUUCACCAAAAAAAAUGGAUAAUAAGCUCUUAACAAGUAUGUUUUUUUCAUCAAUCUUGUUAACUCUAGCUACUUCUUCUGAUGCUCAAGAGUGCUUAAGUCAUCAAUUCAGGAGCAACAGUGUUUUUUCCACUUGCAGCCCUCUUCCUGUACUAAACUCUUUCCUUCACUGGACCUACCACCCUGAUAACCACACAGUUGAUCUUGCUUAUAGACAUCGUAGCGUGGCAAACAGUGAUUGGGUAGCUUGGGCUUUAAAUCUUGGUGGUCAAGGUAUGCUAGGUGCUCAGUGUUUGGUUGCUUUUAGAAAUUCUAGUGGACAAAUUCAUGCAUACACUUCGCCAAUUUCAGCAUACACUACUCAGCUGAGUGAGGGUCCAUUGAACUUUAGAGUUCCAAGAAUUUCAGCAGAGUUUGUAAAUAAUGAGAUGAUUAUCUUUGCAACUUUGGAGCUACCUACUGGGAGGACUAGUUUUAAUCAGGUAUGGCAAAACGGUCCAGUUUCUAGGGGAGCUUUACAAGUACAUAGUCAGAGUGGUGAUAAUAUGAGGAGUACUGGAACUGUGGAUUUUGCUAGUGGUCAGACCUCAGGGGGUGGAGGUAUAUCAGCCAGUUCUAGACAACGUCGAAGAAACACUCAUGGAGUGCUGAAUGCAAUUAGUUGGGGAGUUAUGAUGCCUAUGGGUGCCAUAUUUGCAAGGUACUUGAAAACAUUCAAGUCAGCAAAUCCAGCUUGGUUUUAUCUACAUGCUGCUUGCCAAACUGCUGCUUAUGCUGUUGGUGUUGCUGGAUGGGGCACUGGUCUCAAGCUUGGUAGUGAUUCUGCUGGAAUUACAUACACCACUCAUAGAAACAUUGGUAUCACUCUGUUCUGCCUUGGAACUCUUCAGGUUUUUGCUUUGCUUUUGAGGCCAAAGCCAGACCACAAGUACAGACUUUACUGGAACAUUUACCACCAUGCUACUGGAUACACUGUUAUCAUUCUUAGCAUCAUCAAUGUGUUUGAGGGAUUUGAUGCAUUAAAUGGACAGAAGAACUGGAAGAGAGCUUACAUUGGAGUCAUCAUAUGCUUGGGUGCCAUUGCAGUUUUAUUGGAAGCUAUUACUUGGUUCAUUGUCAUUAAAAGGAAAAAAACAACAGCAGUUUCUGAUAAGUAUCCUCAGGGUAAUGGGACUAAUGCUGUUAAUGCAUAUGCCUAGAUAAAUAUGUUCAUUCUCUAAUAUAUUAUAUAGUUUUUGAUUUCUUUAUAGACAUGAGGCAUGUUAUGUAUUUUUUUAGUUGAGAUUAUUAUUUAUUUAUAGAUUUUUGGUUGUUAGAUUUAGAUUCUCUUGCAGAUGGAUAUGGCUGUAAUUUAUUCUUGUGUAAUAUAUAGUGUUGAGAUACCA